AUGGCUCAAGGGGUAGGGAACUCACCUGAUGGGGUUUUUGUCAUAAUCGUUGACGAAGAUAAGUGCCAUGCGAACUAUGCAAGAAGCCUGCUCUCUAGUCUCAACUUUCAUGUGAUAGUAUACACAAGCCCUGUGAAUGCUCUCCUUUUCCUGGAAAACUAUGCGCAAGACGUUGCGUUUGUCUUGGCAGCAGUUGACAUGAAUCAACUCAGUGGUUUUCAGUUCCUCGAAGCUGCAAGAGGACAACGUGAAGACCUUCAGGUGAUCAUGAUGUCAGCUGAAACAACAAUGCCAACAAUGACGAGGUGUGUUCAACUUGGUGCGUGUUUUCUGGUCAAGAAGCCCCUUACCGAGGCAACUGUGGGUGAUUUGUGGCAGCAUGUUGACCUGAAAUUUCUGAGGAUGGAGAAGAUCAGGGAGUUACUGCAAGAUCCUGGACAGGACACCAUGGAUGUUCUCAGUUACGACGACCAAAUCUCCGGAGGAACUGAAGCUGAUGAAGCUGAAGAAGCAGAAGUCAAUUCCACUGAAGCUAAGAAGAAUGUGAAAUCAAUUGAAGUUGCAUCAAAUGAGAGGGGACAUGGCAAUGCUAAAAUCUUUGAUGCAGCUGAAGGGACCAUGUACAAGACUACCUCCAAAUUGUCUGCUGAUCAGAAAGUCUCCACCUAUAAUGUUCAGGUACUCCCAAAAGAAAAUGAGGCCCAUUUUGAAGAGAGCAAGGGUAGCAGCUGCUCAGGUGACCAUGUCCCCUGCAAGAGUGAUGCCGGAAUUGGUGCAGGCCUUGUGGACUAUCCAGACUCUGAUGAUGAUGAGACUAAUAAAUCCACAAGCACUUAGUUAUA